UGGGUACAGCCGGGAGAAGGUCAUUGACACCAACGCUCCAACGGAUGCCAAUACACAUUGUCAGAGACACCUCCAUUUCUCGAGCCCGAUUUUGAUCCACGACGUUCGUCUUCUCCCAGUAAUUGCAGGCUCCCCUUCUUAUUCGCGAGGAACGAGAACUCAACCGGAGCACUCGAAUUCAAAUCCUUACCCAUCUUGUCUGAAACCCAUGUCUUGACGUUGGCGCUCGACCGAAGGAAAAUGGCUUUGGCCAUUUUUUCUCAGACUGCCUCAUUGUGUGAAAAGGAGUUGGUGACCGUCGUGGAAAGAAGCUUUUUUCUGUAGAAAAUCGAGACCUCCGUGUUGUUGUCGAAUAGGGGCGAGAAAAAUGUUAUCGACAAGUUGAAGGUGAUUUCCCCCACGGUAGAUAUGAGAGACGAAGAGACGUCGUUAUCGAGAGACAGGGAUGCCGUGUGGACGUGGAUUUUGGCCUUGUGAAAUUCUCCGGUCUAGACCUCGUUGUUUUCAUAUGCGCCAUUGUUUUGGGGGGGAAUCCAUAUAGCCCCAAAAUCCAUGUCCACUCAGCAUCCCUGUCUCUCGAUGACGCCAUCUCUUCGUCUUGGAUAUCUAUCAUUGGGGAAAUCACUUUCAACGUGUCGAUAUCAUUUUUCUCACCUCUGUUCGACAAUAACACCGAGGUCUCGAUUUUUAACAGGAAAAAGCUCCUUUCCACGACGGUCACCGACUCUUUUCCUCACGAUGAGGCAGUCCGAGAAAAAAAUGGCGGAAGCCAUUUUCCCUCGGUCGAGCGCCAAUGUCAAGACAUGGGUUUCCGACAAAAUGGCUAAGGAUUUCAAUUCGAGUGCUCCAGUUGAGUCCUUGUUCCCCGCGAAUGCGAAGGGGAGCCUGCAAUUGCCGAGAGAAGACGAACGUCGUGGAUCAGAAUUGGGUUCGAAACGAACGUCGUGGAUCAGUAUUAAGGCUCGGUAUGACGAUCCACCGAAAAGAGAUUGGGGUGAUGAAGCAUAUUACAGCUAUUGUUGAGAGGUGGGACGGAGUUGAAGAACUACGGAGAUGUAUGAACAACAAUGAUUUACUGAAGAAGCCAGGGUGGAGCUGCGAUGAAACCGAAGGUUUGAUCCAUGGUUUUGCAUUUGGAGAUCAAUCACACCCUCAAAUGCUAGAAAUCUAUGAACCCAGCCUUGAAUGUCAUAUGUAGGAAUGAAAUUGUUCUGUUUCCUUUUGAAAUUGCCUCGAGGCCCAAAUUUUUUGUUCAAGAUUUGUCUCAUAUACAAAUAAAUUUGGGCUAACACAAGAACCAAUGACUUCUGGAGUUUUUUUUGUUGAUCCAAAAUUAUGGAUUCACAUUUAGAUUUUACAUUUUUGAACAUGUUGACAUGGAAUUCAACAGUUCAUUACAUCAAAAAAGAAUAAAUUGAAUGCUCUCGAGUAGCAAUUCAAAUUGCGCCUGAGGCAUAUUACAAGAAGAGAGAAUAUGUGGAUGCGCCCGGGCGCAACUUAAAUAAGCCUGGGGAGCGCUCAAAUUGUGCCUGAGGCACAUGUGAUGCUGCAAAUAUUUUUAAUUUGUCUUUUUACCUCACUUUUUCUUGUUCGAAUUGGCAGGAAACUAAAAAAAAGGCAAUCCUUUAAACAUUAUAAGGAUUGUUAAAGCAUAAGAGAGACACAAGAAUCCCGUACAAAGUAUUUUCAGCUUUUAGGAGAAUGGAAAUCGUUUUCAAGGCAAAAAUUGCAUGGUUUUGCUACUGAAAAUGGACUUUAUCACAGUGUUCUCCAAACUUCAUUCCUUGGAUUUUUAUGCAAAGUGCGGGUACACGGAUAGAGCAGAUCAAA